CCUUGCUCAUUCUAGACUCUUCCAAGUUCCAACCUUCUUCCUUUAUAAAAAUCUAAGCACCUCUCAUUUGCCUCCCGUUUCUCCAUUCUCUCCUCAAAUCACUACUUCAUUCUAGUAUUUUCUCCACUCUCUCUUCUCCGCUGUCUAUUACACCAUGUUGCGCGCAGCCGCCGCCCUUGCCUCCCGGGCUCGCGCCACCAGCAGCAGCCGCGCCGCCAUUGGUGGUAGGUUGAAUUGGAGCAGAAAUUAUGCUGCUAAAGAAAUAAGAUUUGGUGAGGAUGCUCGCAAAUCUAUGCUUAAAGGUAUUGAAGAGCUUGCCGAUGCUGUUAAAGUGACUAUGGGACCUAGGGGGCGUAAUGUUAUAAUUGAGCAAAGUUUUGGUGCUCCUAAAGUGACAAAGGACGGUGUGACGGUCGCGAAAAGUAUUGAAUUCAAGGACAGAUAUAAGAAUUUGGGUGCAAGUCUUGUUAAACAAGUUGCCAACUCUACCAAUGAUGUCGCCGGAGAUGGCACGACCUGUGCUACAGUUCUUACCAGGGCAAUAUUGAUUGAGGGAGUAAGGUCAGUUGGAGUAGGAAUGAAUGCGAUGGACCUCCGGAGAGGUAUGACUAUGGCAGUGGAUGCUGUGGUAACUUACCUGAAAAGUAGAGCAAGAAUGAUCAGUACUUCAGAAGAGAUUGCGCAGGUGGGUACUAUUUCUGCUAAUGGUGAUAGGGAAAUUGGUGAGAUGAUCGCAAAGGCUAUGGAGAAGGUUGGCAAGGAAGGAGUUAUUACAAUCCAAGACGGCAAGACAUUGUUUAAUGAACUUGAAGUUGUGGAGGGCAUGAAGUUAGACAGGGGUUACAUUUCUCCUUACUUUAUUACCAACCAGAAAACCCAGAAAUGUGAAUUGGAUGACCCUCUUAUUUUGAUUCAUGAGAAGAAAAUCGGUAGUGUCACUGCUGUGGUGAAAGCCCUAGAAAUGGCAUUGAAGAGACAGAAGCCUUUGUUGAUUGUUGCAGAAGAUAUCGACAGCGAGGCCUUGGCCACUCUUAUUUUGAAUAAGAUCCGAGCAGGACUAAAGAUCUGUGCUGUUAAAGCCCCUGGCUUUGGAGAGAACAGGAAAGCAAAUUUGCAGGAUCUUGCAACUCUUACUGGUGGAGUGGUUAUAACUGAAGACCUUGGCAUGAAUAUGGAAAAGCUUGAUAUUGAUAUGCUAGGUUCGUGCAAAAAGAUCACUGUCUCAAAGGAUGACACCGUGAUUCUUGACGGUGCGGGUGAUAAAGCAGGCAUUGAGGAAAGAUGUGAACAGAUCAGGUCUGGUAUUGAACUCAGCACAUCAGAUUAUGACAAGGAGAAGCUUGAGGAGAGGCUUGCUAAGCUAUCUGGUGGAGUUGCUGUUUUGAAGAUUGGAGGAGCUAGUGAAGCUGAAGUUGGGGAAAAGAAGGAUAGGGUGACUGAUGCUUUGAAUGCCACCAAAGCUGCAGUUGCAGAAGGUAUCGUACCUGGUGGUGGUGUAGCACUUCUUUAUGCUUCAAAGGAAUUAGACAAGCUACAGACUGCCAACUAUGAUCAAAAGAUUGGAGUACAGAUCAUCCAAGCUGCACUGAAGACUCCUGUUUACACAAUCGCUUCAAAUGCUGGUGUUGAGGGAGCUCUUAUUGUUGGCAAACUAUUAGAGCAGGAUAAUGAAGAUCUUGGUUACGAUGCUGCUAAAGGCGAAUAUGUAGACAUGGUCAAAUCAGGAAUUAUCGAUCCAUUGAAGGUUAUUAGGACAGCUUUGUCUGAUGCUGCUAGUGUGUCAUCUUUGAUGACUACAACGGAAGCUGUAAUUGUUGAGGCACCCAAAGAUGAGAAGGAUGCAGCUCCUGCAAUGGGCGGUAUGGGCGGUAUGGAGUACUAAGUGGUUGACUGAAUACGCAAGAUACAUUUUCUUCACAUUUGCUGGAUUUUGUUAAUGCCCUUGUUAGGCUAGGAAGGAAAUUGUGUAGAAUAUAGUGGGAGAAAAAUAGUUUGUAGGGUUGCCUGCGAAUACAAGAGAACAGCCAAUAUUUUUUAUUGGAAUUGUGAUCGAACCUCCAAUAAUUAUUUCAUUCGAUAGCCUAUAGCGGAACUUGGGAAUGGAACUGCCAAGUGAGAGUUACCUGUUUACAAAA